GUAAUGAACAUAAAUCCGAAGGCGGAGAAGGAUUCGCCGAGAAAACACUUGCCGCACACAACCAAUUCCGUUCAAAACAUUGUGCGUCGCCUCUGGUAUUGGAUGAUGAAUUGAACAAUAUUGCUCAAAAAUAUGCCGAACAUCUGGCACAAACAGGAUCCUUCGAACACAGUCAUACGAAAGGACUUGGUGAAAAUUUAUGGGAGAAGUCGGGUACUACAGAACUGUCGGAUAUCGAUGGAGUUAAAGCAACUAAGGAUUGGUACGACGAAGUGAAAAAUUACCGAUACGAUCAUCCCGAUUUUGCCUUAUCAACUGGCCAUUUUACGCAACUGGUUUGGGCCGACUCAAAACAAUUGGGUGUUGGUAUUGCUUACUCAGACGACAAAAAGAGUGUCUACGUGGUUACCAAUUAUAAGCCAGCAGGAAAUGUUAUAGGAAACUUUCCCAAAAAUGUUAAAAAACCAACAUGUUAA